UCCCCCUGCUCCGUGCGGGUCAGGCGCCCGAGCUCCCCGGGCCGCUGCCGCCUCCCGGGUGCUGCUUCCUCGCUCCCGCUCUUUCCUCCCCAAAGCACACUCGGCGUUUCGAGCUCUCCUCUCUGCUCGCAACGGAACUUUACAUUUUUUAACCCAAAAUGGGAACCUUUCUAACAGCCUCCGCAGGUCCCAGUGUCCACCGCACUGUUCACAAGGAAUGAGCAGCCGCGUAGCGCUCAGGCCCGGGCGCACUUAGGCGGGACCAGCACCCAGAGAGGGGCGCGGCCGCUGUCAUCUGGGCUUCACCACAAAGGGGUGACCAGAAGAGAGGUGCCGUCUGCAGGAAGGCCGGGCAGCCGCGGGCCCAAGGCUGUGGCACCUGCAGGCAGCCACUGUACCUCCCUGAGCCUUAGUUUUCUGAGUCCUAAAGCUUUGGGCUGUUGCCAGGAUGAGGGAGCUCGCGGCAGCUGAGGCUCUUAGUGAGACAGCGAGCGUUACUAGUCCUUAUAGCCUCACCCCGAAUGUUUGCUGACGGCCUCCAUGAGGCAGGACCAGAGGGCCACAGCUCAUGUCCCGAGGAGGCCCUGUCCACAUGGGAGCGCCAGAGACUAGACAGGCCAAUGCACGCACGGGACAGCACAGGAGAGGCCGUGGCUGUAAAGGCAGAGCACAGAGAAAGCCUGCAUGCGAAAUUAAGGGGCUUCUCAGGUUCUGAGCUGCUGCUGGAUAUUUUGCAGAAGGUAAGGACCCCAGACUCACUGGGCCACAUCACCCCUCCUGACUCACCAGGAAGGCACAGCAGAUGUCAGGAGCUAUGCGUGUCCCGUAGAAAGAAACCAUCCGGUUGACCCUGCAUUUGGUGCGAGCACCUCGCAGCUCUGGCCCAUGAGCUUUCUGAGAGGAACGUGGAACAGACCCAAGAGUGGUGUGGUUUAAAUCAUCCUCAGUGAGGUGGCAACUGUGGGAGACCAUCUCAAAUUUAAGAGCUGUGCAGUGAUGUCCUUCAUAUUUUUUAAGGAAAAAAUACAGAGCUGAGUCUUGCUCAGGCCUGUCUCUUUAGUUCUGGAUGAGGUAGAGCACAUUCUUUCUUUGCAAAGUUGGGAUUCUGGAGCGCAUCUGGGUGCAGUUAUAGGCUGGACCCCCUAGUGCCAGGUCUGCAACCACCCCACCACACCCUGACCACGUGGAUCUCGUACCAGUCACAUGGCAUCCCGUUCAAAACAGUGCGGUAUUGGAAUAAAAGAAUAUUGGCAUAGAAUUGAGAGCCCAGAAAUAAGCCUAUAUGAGCUGUUAAUCUACCACAAAUCCAACGGGAUACAAUGGAGAAAGGAAAGUCUCUUCAGCGAAUGUUGUUGGGGAAACUGGGCUGCCACAUGCAAAAGAAUCUCACACCAUACUCAAACACUAACUGUGAAUGGACUAAAGACUUGGAUGUAGGACCUGAAACUUGGACGAAGCUACAAAGAAGACAACAUGGCAAAACAGUCCAUGAAUUGGCCUCAGGGCUGUCUCUGAGGACUGGACUCUAAGGCAAGGAAGCAAAAGCAAAAAUAAACAAGGGGGGGCUCCCUCACUCAAAAGCUUCUGCACGGUGAAAGAAACGACCAUUAAAAUGAAGACGGCCUUAAUGAAUGGGAGAAAAUAUGUGCACAUCAGAAUUAUCAAUUUGGACUUUGUUCAGCUACAGAUAAAAAAAGGAGACAGGGGAGUGGGCCAGUGAACUCUGCAGUGUGUGCGUGCACCACCCUGGGGACAUGACGGGGCUCAGGUCCCUGCUGCUGCUGCUGCUGCCCCUGCUGCUGGGCUGGGCCAUUGGCCACCCUGCCCCCGGGAGAAAGAACUUCAACAAGCUGCUGGUGAUUUCCUUCGACGGCUUCCGCUGGGACUAUGACCAGGACGUGGACACCCCCAACAUGGACCUCCUGGUUAAGGAGGGUGUGAAGGCCAAGUACCUUUCGCCACCGUUCGUUACGAUGACCUCCCCAUCCCACUUCACCACCAUCACAGGUCGCUGGAUUGAAGACCAUGGAGUCAUUCACAACUUGAUGUUUGACGCGGAGAAGGGCUGGAAGUACGACCACAAGACCACACAGAACAAGACUGAGUGGUGGGACAACGGGGUGCUGCCCCUCUGGAUCACAGCACAGAGACAGGGGAGGAAGACAGCGUCCUUCCACUACCCCGGAAGUGGAGCGAAAUAUGACGGCGAGGCCAUCCAGCGGGCACUAGUGGAGUCCUACACUCACCCCGACAGCAACGAGACGGAAUGGAGAGAGAACAUUGACAUCGUCAUGGGCUGGUUCGAGAAGGAAGACUUUGACUUCGUCACGCUGUACUACGGGGAGCCAGACAAGGUGGGGCACCGCUCUGGGCCUGAGACAGAGAAUAGGAGGGUAAUCAUCCAGCAGAUUGACAGAACCAUCGGGUACCUGCUGGAGGCCAUCAAGAGGCACGGCCUGACAGAGCGCCUCAAUGUCAUCAUCAUGUCAGACCAUGGCAUGACCACAAUCAAAAAGCAGCCUGAAGUCACCGAGAUCCUCUUGACCAACUACGUCAAGUACAGAGAUCUGGUCAAGUUUGACCUUGUGGACUAUGGCGGCUUAGGGAUGAUCCUGGCCAAACCGGGGCAAGAGGAAAAUCUUUACCAGGCGCUGAAGAACGCGCACCCUCACCUCCACGUCUACAAGAAGGAGGAGUUUCCGGAGCACUUCCAUUAUGCCAAACACAAGCGGAACCUGCCCAUCUUGAUGUACACAGAUCCCGGCUACAACAUCAACGGGCGACUCAUCCUUUAUGUCAACAAAGGCGACCACGGCUUUGACAACAACUUCAUGGACAUGAAGACCAUAUUCAGAGCUUUUGGGCCAGAUUUCAAGAAGGGUUACCUGGCUGAGCCCUUUGACAGCAUCCACAUCUACCCACUCAUGUGUCAUCUCCUGGGGGUGACCCCUGAGCCCCAUAAUGGCUCCCUGGCCGUCACGCAGGGAAUGCUCGUGGACCAGAAUCCAGGUGUCACGCAGGGAAUGCCCACGGACCAGAAUCCAGGAGGGGGAACCACUUCGAAGACGCUGCAUAACGCAGUGAUCGGCCUCGGAACGGUCACAGCCGUGCUCCUGAUUGUGUUUCUCUCUGCGGUCACGUACACUGCCAUCCAGCGGAAAAAGACCGGCCGGACAAGCGACCAGCGCAGCCCAGCGAACAGCGCUCGCGCCCAAGAGGCGGCCCGAAGCCUGGCGCCCCGCACGGCCGUGUCUGGGCUGCACGCGCCCCCCCGCGCCCGAGGGGCAGACGCUGCAGAGACCCCAGAGAGGGCGGCCCAGGCGGAACCCGCCGCUCACGGCAGCCGCGACUAG